GCAUCUGACUCUUGAUUUCAGCUCAGGUCAUGAUCUUGGGGUCAUGGGAUUGAGCCCUGUGGGCUCUGCACUCAGCGUCGAAUCUACUUGAGAUUCUCUCUCCCCGGCUUCCACAGUGUGGCUGGCCACAUCAGCUAGCACUCGCUCUACUGUCUCUAACAGGGAAACAGCAGACUACAAGACAAUGAGCUGCAUCUGCCUCUAUUUCCAACAGACUUACAUUCAACUUUCGCUCACAAAAACCGGGAAAAUUUUAUAAAUCCUUUAAAAAAAAAAGUUAAUAUAAAAUUAUAGCAAAAAAAAAAAAAAGGAACCUAAACUUUAGUAACCCAGCUGGAACAAUCCACAACGGUGGGAAAAGAGAUUUAAUUUAGUUGAUUUUCUGUAGUUGUUGGUUGUUUGCUAGUCUUACAAUGGAAGUGCUGCACAUUUUUUCAAAGGGACCGAGAAGCUGCUGGAGGUUUGGUUCUCCAGGCAGCAGCCUGAUGCACAUCAAGGAUCUGGAGAUCUUCACACCAUUCCCAGAUCUGAGUGGGACAUACUUCUGAAGGAUGUGCAGUGUUCAUUCAUAAGUGUGACAAAAACUGACAAGCCGGAAGCUUAUGUACUCAGUGAGAGUAGCAUGUUUGUCUCCAAGAGAUGUUUCAUUUUGAAGACAUGUGAUACCACCUUCUUGGUAAAAGCACUGGUUUCCCUGUUGAAACUUGCUAGGGAUUACAGUGGGUUUGAUUUGAUUCAAAGCUUCUUUUAUUCUCGUAAGAAUUUCAUGAAACCUUCUCAUCAAGGGUACCCACACCGGAAUUUCCCGGAAGCAAUAGAGUUUCUUAAUGCAAUUUUCCCAAAUGGAGCAGCAUAUUGUAUGGGUGAUAUGAAUUCCGACUAUUGGUACCUGCAUACUUUGGGUUUCCCAGAGACUAGGGUGAUCACAGAUCAAACCCUGGAAAUUCUGAUGAGUGAAUUUGACCCAGCAGUUAUGGACCAGUUCUUCAUGAAAGAUGGUGUCACUGCAAAGGAUGUCACUUGUGAGAGUGGAAUUCAUGACCUGAGACCAGGUUCUGUCACUGAUGCCACACUUUUCAAUCUUUCUGGGUAUUUGAUGAAUGAAGUGAAAUCGGAUGGAGCUUAUUGGACUAUUCACAUCACUCCAGAACCAGAAUUUUCUUAUGUUAGCUUUGAAACAAACUUUAGUCAGACCUCUUAUGAUGACCUGAUCGGGGAAGUUGUGGAAGUCUUCAUGCCAGGAAAAUUUGUGACAGUCCUGUUUGUAAAUCAGAGUUCUAAAUGCCGCACAGUGCUUUCUUCACCCCAGAAGAUUGAAGGCUUCAAACGUCUUGAUUGCCAGAGUGCUAUGUUCAAUGAUUACAAUUUUCUUUUUACCAGUUUUGCUAAGAAGCAGCAACAACAACAGAAUUGAUUAAUAAAAUGAAGAAAAAAACGCAAGAAGAGAACACACAUAGAAGGAGGUGCUGGCUGCUUUUUAUAUAUUGAUAUCAGGGGCCAUGCUUUCCAUAACCACCACCUUGUUGCUGCAGAAAGCCCUAGAUGUAAUGAUAGUGUAAUCAUUUUGAAUUGUAUGCAUUGUUAUAUCAAGGAGUUAGAUAUCAUUCAUGAAUGCUCUCUUCUGUGUUUAGGUAUCCUAUGCCACUCUUGCUGUGAAAUUGAAGUACAUAUAGAAAAAACCUUUUACUAUAUGAAACUUUACAACACUUGUGAAAACAAUUCAAUUUGGUUUACGCACAGUAUAAUACUUAUCCAGGUAUCAUCCAAAAUUCCCCACAGACAAGGCUUUCGUCCUCAUUAGGUGUUGGCCUCAGCCUAAUCAUCUGGAACUGUUCUAUUAAAUUGCUGCCAGGAUUUUACAUCCAGUUACCUCCACUUUCUAGAAUAUAUUCUCUACUAAUAUUACCAGUUUCUACUUCAUACUGAUGCUUUUUUGCAGCGGCAGUUAAAGUUUAUCUUUCACGAGUCAGGUCCUCUUAAGAAAAUGAUUGCAGUUACCCAUUUUGUGUAUUACUACUAUAACAUUAUUGCUUCCUGUACCUGUACUUCCUUUGAUAGAUUUUGUUCCUCACCAUGGUGUCUUGCCUCCCAACCCCGCCCAUAAAGCAAUACACUGUUUAAAAAAAAAAAAAAGAGGGAGGGAUUCUGUCUCCCCCCUCCCCGCUCCCUGCACUCUGUCUCUAAAUAAACAAAUAAAUAAAAUCUUUGAAAAGACAGAGAUGGUAAAAUGCCAAAUUUCAACUUUGGACUAGACAGUUAAAGGGUGGGAAAAACAAGGAAAUGAAGUAAU